AUGGGAUGCUGGCGUCGUAUCGCGGUGGACGAUAUUAUACCCAUCGAUCAGAAUGGCACAUCACUUUUGCCGCGUACGUCCAACAACACAGAGCUAUGGCCGAUGCUUCUGGCCAAAGCAUUGCUGAAAAUUGCCUCGCUCACCUGGACUGAACGACGUGAAAUCGUCGACUUUCAUCCAAUUUCUUGUCUAACAGGCUGGACCUGCCUGACAUUAAACAUCGCGCAUUUAUCGUGGCAAGAUAAGUGGGACUUCCUGACCAAGUAUUGCGAUCAUUUUGUGUGGUCACCACGAACCGUCGAGGGUCACGUUCUAGAAAGCUCUGAGAGUAUUAUAAACAACAAUACGGCGAAACCGAACAAAACUCUGCGGCUACUCAGCCAAGCCGGGAAACCUCAACCGAUCACGUUGUUUCUCCAGUUGGGCGACAUGCGAAAACUCGGAAAUGAUGCAGUGCCUGGUCUAUCGCCGUGCUGGGAUCAUGUGAUCCAUGUUGUCCAAUCACGCGAUAUUCCUCUGAAUCCCAAAGAUGUGAGCAACAAAUUUCAGAUUUGUUCAAUCAUCUUUCUCUAA